UGAGGCCGGAUUGAAAGUGAUCCGGGGAGGGCGCUCGGGGGCUCUUAAAGGGGCCGCGCUGCUGAAGGGACUUGAGGGGAAGGCUGUUGCUGGAGCAAGAUGAGUGAAUCCCUCGUGGUUUGUGACGUGGCCGAAGACCUUGUGGAGAAGCUGAGAAAAUUCCGUUUCCGCAAAGAGACGAACAAUGCUGCGAUUAUCAUGAAGAUCGACAAGGAUAAGCAGCUGGUGGUUCUGGAUGAGGAACAUGAGGGCAUUUCUCCGGAUGAGCUAAAAGACGAGCUGCCCGAGAGGCAACCCCGGUUCAUCGUCUACAGCUACAAGUACCAGCACGACGACGGGAGAGUCUCUUACCCGCUCUGCUUCAUCUUCUCCAGCCCUGUCGGGUGCAAGCCUGAGCAACAGAUGAUGUACGCCGGCAGCAAAAAUAAGCUCGUACAGACAGCGGAACUCACAAAGGUAUUUGAAAUCAGGAAUACAGAAGACCUCACUGAGGAGUGGCUGCAUGAGAAGCUUGGCUUCUUCCAUUGAAAGACUCUUAAGCAUUCCAGCCUGGUGUGAACUGGAACCAGACACGACUCCUCCUCCUCCUCCUCUUUAGACCCACAAAGAAUGCACUGUAUAGUCGUUUCCUGCAGUGUGUGUAUGUAUGUACAUAUAUAUUUUUGUGCGUGCAAAGUUUCUACAAGCGUGGGGAGAAGUGGCAGUUCCUGCGUAACCAAACUUUGCCCAAGAGGUCCUUUUUCCUUCCCUCUCUUUAUAACUGUUUUAAAAGGGAACAGCUCUCCUGCAGGGACAAUUCCACCUCCCCUCCCUCUUGUGACUAACAUUUCUAUAUGGCUUAAUCU